UUGGGGGUAAGGAGCUCAGUUGGUCUAAGCAAAUGCUCCCCAGAGAAGAUGUCCUUCUCGCCCAAGUCCAUCUUCAUGGUCAUUUUCUGCAUGCAGUCUCUAGCCGCUUUGCUGCAAAAUGGCUUCAUGGCCACCGUGCUGAUCAGGGAAUGGGUACAGAGCCAAGCACUCCCUGCGGGUGACAUGAUUGUGGCCUGCCUCGCUGCCUCCAGGUUCUGUCUGCAUGGACUAGCCAUUCUAAACAACUUCCUGGUCAGGUUUAUGCUUAGUCCCCAAAAGGAGUAUGUUGGGGUCUCCUGGGACUUCAUCAACACGGUCACUUUCUGGAUUACCACCUGGCUUGCCAUCUUCUACUGUAUAAAGAUCUCGUCAUUUUCGCAUUCCAUCUUCCUCUGGAUGAAAUGGAGGAUUUCUCGGGCGGUGCCCAGGUUACUGCUGGGAUCGUUGUUCUUUGGUGGGCUGUCAUCCAUUUCCUUAGUCACUGGGAAAAAAAUUGCCUGUCAAAUGAUGGCCUACGAAAACCGUACACAAGCUCAUACAGCAACAGCGUUCUAUAAGUAUUAUGUUCGCUGCCACGCCGUGCUGAUGUGGGUCGUUCCCUUCGUCCUGUUUCUGUUGUCUAUUAUCUUCCUUAUGUGCUCACUGUACUGGCACGUGAAACAGAUGCGGUACCACGGACCCCGACCUCACGAUCACAGGACCCAGGCUCACACCAUGGCUCUGAAGUCUCUCACCUUCUUCCUCAUCUUUUAUACAUCGUAUGUUCUGUCCCUGGUGAUGUCUGUCACAUACAUUGUAACUGCCUACGAUGCCUGGCACUGGGCCCGGGAAGUGAUCAUCUACACGGGCAUUUCCCUACAUUCCACCAUUCUGAUAGCAAGCAGCCGCAAAAUGAGAAGGGCCCUCAAGGUGUUUCCCAACCUUUGUACUGCCAGCUCAUAA